AUGACUGACUCCGAUGGUUCUUGGUCUGCCGAGAGCGAGCAGCAAUUCUGGGAUGCUCUGAACGGCGUUUUAUCUUCAGCGUGUGCGACACCGGAGCAGCUCGACGAAGCCUUGCGAUCAUGGCUCGAUUUAGUCUCCAAGGCCAGGGACGAGUAUCUCGAAAGCGAGGACGAUGUCGCGCGUUGUUCAGAGAUGCUGCUAGAGAGCCCAAUUUUUAGAAGCAACGGCAGCUAUGUCCAGACGCAGCUCAUCUAUAGCCUUCUGCAAGAGGACGAGUUCGCCCAGCUUCACGUAUAUGCCAACUUUCUUCUCCUCGCUGGCCGGACGAAGGAGGAUACAUUUCGGACCAUGAUACAAGAGGGGUGUUUUGUCCGCUUGCUUGAGCUUAUCAAGAACUGCGGGGGCAGAGACGGCCGUCUCCAUCGGCUUCUCUUACAACUGAUGUACGAGAUGUCGCGCAUCGAACACCUGCGCCCCGAGGAUCUCCUGCAGGUUGACGAUAGUUUUGUCAUGUACCUGUUCCAACUCACUGAGGCUUUAUCCGACGACGUCAACGACCCAUACCACUACCCCGUGAUUCGCGUCCUACUAGUGCUGAACGAACAGUACAUGGUCGCUUCUACCUCGGCAGCAGUCGACCCCAGCUCUCCGGCGGUACUCGUUACAAACAGGGUUGUCAAGGUUCUCAGUGUUCAUGGCCCGUCAUUCCGGACUUUUGGCGAGAACAUUAUUCUGCUUCUGAACCGAGAGACAGAGACCUCACAACAGCUACUCAUUCUCAAGUUAUUGUACCUUCUAUUUACCACGGCAGCGACGUACGAGUACUUUUAUCUCAACGACCUCAGAGUUCUGUUGGAUGUCAUCGUUCGCAAUCUCUUGGAUCUGCCCUCCGAAGCGAAUAUGCUGCGACAUACGUACUUGAGGGUACUAGCUCCUCUGCUCUCUCACACACAACUCAGUCAUCCUCCUCAUUACAAGCGGGACCAGAUUCUCGGCUUGCUUGAGAUAUUACGUGGUACAGGCAGCGCCCAUUUCAUGCCGCCCGAGCCGACGACGCUACGGUUACUUGAACGGGUCGCCAGGAUCUCAUGGUUAGCCGAGGAUGAGGUCGAGACACCGGAUAUGAGCCCGAUAGGAAGCUUGGCUCACUCGCAAACCGGCAGCUCGGUGAGCGUUGUUGCGAACGUAACCGAGAAACCAGGCAUCAAGACGCCGAGUCGGAGAUCAGGGAUGGAGCCGGAUCCGAAAGACACGGAUGCGCGCACUCCUACCGGGGGGAGCCCUCCUAGACCCAAACCACCGCCACCGAGGACCUUGAGAACUAAGAUGUCCCUACCGGAGGUGCCCAAACAUCGCCACGGAGCACCUAUUGCUCCUCCGGCGGUCAGCAAUGUUGCUACCAAUAAAACCGGGAACGGGAACGGGGAUGGGCAGAAGAAACAACCGCCGAAAAUCCCUCCGCCUAGAAGGAAAGCAAGGCUUUUGCCUACAGCUGGAGGUGACGCUCGAGCAACGAGCGAGUCAUUGCCAGCGUCCGACUCGGCAACCCCUGUCUCUUGA